AUUUUAUAUUAGGCCAAAGUCCAAGUUUAACUUUUAUUUUCGUUAGUCGGGUGUGUAUAACGAGUCGAGUUGCGUGAUUUUUUGGCGAAAGGUGAACCGGCUGAAAUUUCUAAAAUGUCGGGUUUAAAGUUACUCGGUGCAUUGUCUACAUUUUCUAGAAACAGUAUUAAAUUUAGUCCAAAAUUUCAAUUAAGAUGUAUGUCUGCAGGUGAAAUGAAACAUUUCAAAUUGAAAGUAGUAGAUAAUAUAGGAGUUAUUGUGGUGGAUUCCCCAGGAGUUAGAGUUAACUCUCUCAACGAGGAAGUCACGACUGAAUUCAAAAACCUACUGCCUCAGAUCGACUCCAAUUCCCAAAUCCAAGCGUGCGUUCUCAUCUCCGGGAAACCAGGAUGUUUCAUAGCCGGGGCCGACAUUGGCAUGUUGGAAACCGUCAAGACAGCAGAGGAGGCUGCGGAAAUGUCCCGAAUUUAUCAGCAGGUGUUACAGCAGGUCGAGGAUAGCAAGAAACCUUUCGUUUCCGCUAUCCAGGGAUCGUGUAUGGGCGGGGGAUUGGAAACUGCCUUGGCCACGCAUUACAGGAUAGCUGUCAAAGACAGGAAAACGGUUUUGUCAUUGCCAGAAGUAAUGCUGGGACUUUUACCUGGCGGCGGCGGUACCCAGAGGUUGCCCCGCUUAGUAUCCAUUCCAAACGCUUUAGACCUUAUGUUGACCGGCAAAAAUGUUAGGGCCGAUAAAGCUAAGAAACUUGGUAUAGUGGAUCUUCUGGUCGAUCCUCUAGGUCCUGGACUGGACAAUCCGGAAGCUAACACGAUAAGAUAUCUCGAAUCUGUAGCCGUGGACAUCGCCAAGCAGUUGGCGGCUGGUAAACUGCAAGUAGAGCGACGAAAGAACCUUCCGGACAAAAUCUUACAGCUCGCCUUGCAGUACAACUGGGUGAAAGAUCAGAUUUUCGGGAAAGCCAAGAAGCAAGUUCUGAAAGUGUCCGGUGGGUUGUAUCCUGCGCCACUUAAGAUCCUAGAAGUGGUACGAAUGAGACUGGACAAAGGCGAAGCGGCAGGUUUCGUAGCGGAGGCAAAGGCUUUCGGGGAGCUUGCUAUGACGCCGCAAUCCAAGGGACUGAUAGGUGUCUUCAGGGGACAGACCCAGUGCAAAAAGAAUAGAUUCGGCAAGCCCCAGCAACAGGCCAAAACCGUGGCCGUCCUAGGUGCCGGAUUGAUGGGCGCCGGUAUCGCCCACGUGUCAGUCGACAAGGGGUAUCAGGUCUUGUUGAAAGACACGAGUACAAACGGUUUAGCGAGGGGAGUCAACCAAAUUGAGACUGGGCUUAAUGGGGCUGUGAAAAGAAAACGAUUGACGGGCUUAGAGAAAGACAGGUUCCUAUCGAAUUUGGUUCCAACGUUGACUUACGACAAAUUUAACAAAGCCGAUAUAGUAAUCGAAGCCGUUUUCGAGGAUAUCAGCGUGAAACACAAGGUGCUGAAGGAGGUGGAGGCCGUCACAUCGCCGAACUGCGUGUUUGCUACCAACACCAGCGCUAUUCCCAUCUCCAAGAUCGCGACUGCUUCUAAGAGACCAGAAAAAGUUAUAGGCAUGCAUUAUUUCUCUCCCGUCGACAAAAUGCAGCUACUAGAAAUCAUCACGACCGACAAGACGAGCAAAGAAACUACGGCCUUAGCGGUGGACGUCGGUUUGAAACAAGGCAAAGUCGUGAUUACCGUCGGCGACGGUCCUGGAUUCUACACCACUAGAAUCCUGUCUGCCAUGAUGGCUGAAUCCGUAAGACUGCUACAAGAGGGCGUAGAGCCAAAAGACUUAGAUGGCCUUACGAAGAAGUUCGGAUUUCCCGUUGGGGCCGCUACGCUGGCCGAUGAGGUGGGCUUGGACGUAGCUUCGCAUAUCGGACCCGAUCUUUCAAAGGCGUUCGGCGAACGAUUCGGCGGCGGCGACUUAGGAGUGAUGCGGGACAUAGUCCAGGCGGGCUUCCUUGGCCGCAAAUCCGGGAAGGGCAUCUACGUUUACGAGAAGGGAAGAAAGAGCCGCGACGUAAACGCAGAGGCCCUGGAAAUAAUCAAGAAAUACUCGAUAGAGCCGAAGGGUUCGGUCGAGGACGAAGAUAGGACCUUGAGGAUGGUAUCGAGGUUCGUCAACGAGGCGGUCUUGUGCUUGGAAGAGAAAAUCCUAGCGAACCCCUUGGAGGGCGACGUAGGAGCAGUGUUCGGGCUCGGUUUCCCUCCGUUCACCGGCGGACCGUUCAGAUGGGUGGAUCAGUACGGGGCGGCCAAGCUGGUCGCUAAGAUGGAACAGUAUCAGGGUUCGUACGGUUUACCUUUCAAGGCCGCCCAGACGCUUUUGGAUAUGGCCAAGGAUGCCAGCAAGAAGUUCUAUCCUAAGUAGACCGUUUCUGUAUCGUGUGCCUUUUUGUAUACUGCGUUUUUGUUUCUUGUUUCAGUUACGUAUAUUUAUAAGGAUACUUUUAUACUAUUGUGCUAUUCGAGCCUUUGUAAUAUUCUAUUUUAUUAAUAAACUGUAUUGUACUAGUUGA